AUGGUCUCCCCGGGCGUGCCUUUCUCCCCCGCGAAAAUCUAUCGACGCGACGAGAUCAUCGGCCGUGGCAACUUUGGCGUGGUCUACAAGGGCUAUAAUCUAAUUGAGAAGAAAGUCGUUGCCAUCAAGGUCCUGAAUCUCGACACGGCGGAGGACGAUGUCAAGGACGUCAGGCACGAGGUCGCGAUGCUGUCCCAGCUGAAACAUGGCGAUGCGCAGAAUAUUGUCAGGUACCACGGCUCUCAUCUGGUUGGCACCAGGUUGUGGAUUAUCAUGGAUCAUUGCUCGGGUGGUAGUGUGAGAAAUCUGCAACUGGCAGUUGGGAAGAUCGAAGAGAAAUACACCCAAGUAAUUGUGCGCGAAUCCCUCAUCGGUCUCUCGUUCAUUCACAAAGCCGGAAUCAUUCAUCGAGACAUCAAAGCCGCCAACAUUCUCAUCAAAAACGACGGAAGCGUGCAGCUUUGUGACUUUGGCGUGGCCGCCCAGAUCUCUGCAAAUCAUCCGAAACGAAGUACAAUCGUUGGCACGCCGUACUGGAUGGCUCCCGAGGUUAUCACCGAGGGCGCGACGUACAACUACAAGGCCGAUAUCUGGUCGCUGGGAAUCACGAUAUACGAAAUGACAACAGGCCAACCUCCCUACGCUGACCAGGAUGGAAUGGCUGCCAUGUAUCUGAUAUCCCGUCAAAAGCCUCCCCGACUGGAAGGAUCUCAAUACUCACCCAUGUUGAAAGAAUUCCUAACUCUGUGCUUGAACGAGCGCUUCGAAGAGCGUCCGAGUGCGGACGAGCUGUUGAAGACACGAUUUAUUCGCGCGUGCAAGAACGUGCCGACGUCGAUCUUGAAGGAUCUGUUGGCGAAAUAUCAAACUUGGCAGGAUAAGGGGAAU